UGGCAAGCCUAUUUGCAACUGAUUGCAUAAGGCAAAAAAGAAAUUAUAGGUCGUCUUGUUUGAUUAAUCUACGAAUAAAUGAAAGAAAAAUAAUAUGAAUAGGCAUACAAAGUCCAUUUUAAUUAGUCUGCUAAAGCACAAGCAAAUUUCGGUUACGCGUUCUCAUUUUACAUACUAUCCGGAUAAAAAUGUACCCGCAGUUUUAUUGUCAGAAGGUGUUCAGAAAAUGAACAUGUUUCAAGCAAUUAAUAACGCGAUGGAUAAGGCUUUGGAGGAGGAUAAUACUGCUUUGUUGUUCGGCGAAGACGUCGGCUUUGGAGGUGUAUUCCGGUGCUCAAUAAAUCUUCGUGAUAAAUAUGGAAAAGAUCGCGUCUUCAAUACACCACUAUGUGAACAAGGCAUAGCUGGUUUUGCGAUCGGUGUAGCUAAUGCAGGAGCUACAGCAAUUGCCGAGAUUCAGUUCGCGGAUUAUAUUUUUCCUGCUUUUGAUCAGAUUGUAAAUGAGGCAGCAAAGUAUCGGUAUAGAAGUGGUGGAAUAUUUGACUGCGGUUCGUUAACUUUUCGUGUCCCAUGCGGAGCUGUAGGUCAUGGUGCUUUGUACCAUAGUCAAAGCCCCGAAGCAUAUUUUGCUCAUACACCAGGUUUAAAAGUUGUAGUACCCAGAGGGCCCCUUAAGGCAAAGGGUCUUUUAUUGGCCUGUAUUAAAGACAAAAAUCCUUGCAUAGUUUUUGAGCCGAAAACGUUAUAUCGCGCUGCAGUUGAAGAUGUUCCGACUGGUAGUUAUAUUUCGGAGAUUGGCAAAGCUGAUAUAUUACGAAAAGGCAAUGACAUUACCCUUAUUGGCUGGGGUACGCAAGUGCAUGUUCUUUUAGAGGUUGCUGAGAUGGCUAAGCAGCAAUUGAAUGUUGAUUGUGAAGUGGUAGAUUUGGUUUCCAUAUUACCUUGGGACAGGGAAACUAUAGUAAAUUCAGUCAAAAAAACUGGUCGUGUUAUUAUUUCUCACGAAGCUCCAUUAACUCAAGGAUUCGGAUCCGAAAUCGCUGCUCACAUACAAGAAAAAUGCUUUCUCUAUUUAGAAGCUCCUAUACAACGAAUAACUGGAUGGGAUACCCCUUUUCCGCACGUAUUUGAACCAUUCUAUUUGCCUAACAAACUGCGAUGUCUGAGUGCAAUAAAGGAGAUCAUCAAUUAUUGAAACUCGGCCUACUUAUCGUGCGACAAAUGAACGAUUUUAUUGAAACAGAUGCAUUUAUUUUCCAUUUAUACAAUAAAUCUUAUUCCCUUUA